ACAGGGUCCAACUGCUGUGGGGAAUACUACUCAUAGACGACCUCUCGAAACCAAACACCGACGCGUCCGUUUCAGAGGCUGAAUUGACCCAGUUUGUAUACUGAUAGAGCCGCCAGUCAUUUUGUACCAGAAGCCAUACUAGAUAGCCUACAGGCUCUACCGAAGCAUACAGAAAACCAACUAAAAAAAGCUAAAACUUCAAAAUCAAUUCAAAUUUACAAGCAGAUUACAACUGCCAUUUCAGAUCCACGAAAUACUCGUACUUUCAAAAAAAUUUCACAUUAACUACUAGCGAUGUACGUACAGCUUCCAUUUGAUGAGCUCAAGGUAGAUCCGACACAGAAGAAGCGGAUUGCUUACUUCUACGAUGCCGAUAUCGGCAACUACGCCUACGGAGCCGGCCAUCCCAUGAAACCCCAUAGAAUAAGAAUGGCCCACUCGUUGAUCAUGAACUAUGGCUUAUAUAAGAAGAUGGAAAUCUACCGAGCCAAGCCAGCCACAAAGCAGGAGAUGUGUCAGUUCCAUACUGAUGAGUAUAUCGACUUCUUGAGUCGUGUGGGACCUGACAACUUGGACAUGUUUGCUAAAGAACAGAUCAAGUUUAACGUUGGUGAUGACUGUCCUGUUUUUGAUGGGUUGUUUGAAUACUGUGGUAUCUCGGGAGGUGGAUCCAUGGAAGGUGCUGCUCGGUUGAACCGAGGUAAGUGUGAUAUUGCUAUCAACUACGCUGGGGGAUUGCACCACGCGAAGAAGUCCGAGGCUUCAGGCUUCUGUUACUUGAACGAUAUCGUUUUGGGUAUUAUCGAGUUGUUGCGCUACCAUCCUAGAGUAUUGUACAUCGAUAUUGAUGUCCACCACGGUGAUGGAGUCGAGGAAGCAUUCUAUACUACUGACAGAGUGAUGACAGCUUCGUUCCACAAGUACGGUGAGUUUUUCCCCGGAACUGGUGAACUUAGAGAUAUUGGAGUAGGCAAGGGUAAGUACUAUAGUGUCAAUGUUCCGUUGAGAGAUGGGAUUGAUGAUGCAACGUAUAAGUCUGUGUUCGAGCCCUUGAUCAGCAAGAUCAUCGAGUGGUACCAGCCCUCGGCCAUUGUGUUGCAGUGUGGUGGAGAUUCAUUGAGUGGGGACAGAUUGGGCUGUUUCAACUUGUCGAUGGCUGGCCAUGCCAACUGUAUCAACUUUGUCAAGUCGUUCAACAUUCCCAUGAUGGUUGUAGGAGGUGGAGGUUAUACUAUGAGAAAUGUAGCCAGAACUUGGGCUUUCGAGUCGGGUUUGUUGAACAACGUGAUAUUGCCCUCGGAAUUGCCUUAUAACGAAUACUACGAAUACUAUGGUCCUGACUACAAGCUUGACGUCAGACCUUCGAACAUGUACAACACCAAUUCGCCCGAGUUUUUGAACAAGAUCUUGACCAGCAUCAUCACCAACUUGGAGAAUACCAAACACGCACCAUCGGUGCAGAUGAACGAAGUUCCUAGAGACGCCGAGGAUCUUGGAGACGUUGAUGAGGACACCAAAGAAGCCAUAGACACCAAGGGUGGAUCGCAGCAGGCCAGAGAUGAACAAAUACAGCCAGAGAAUGAAUUCUACGACGAGGAUGACAAGGAUGAGGGCGAAAAGAUGAUUUCGGUUCCAGAUGCUUCUAUUGAAGUCAAAGAAAAGCCAAUCGAAAGGGCUCCUGCUGAAGAAGCCAAAGAUGUCGAAGAUGCCAAAGAUGCCAAAGAUGUUCCAUCCGCUUCCGUGUUGACCAAGGAAGAGUUGGACGAGAUCGAAGAGUUGAACAAGGGUGUAAAUUAG